CCCGGCGUGCGCAGCCGCAGAGCACCGCAUCCGUGUCCCGCUAGCCCAGGCGCUGCGCACUUGCCAGCCAGUCCGCCCGUCCGGAGCCCGGCUCGCUGGGGCAGCAUGGCGGGGUCGCCGCUGCUCCGCGGGCCGCGGGCCGGGGGCGUCGGCCUUUUGGUGCUGCUGCUUUUGGGCUUACUCGAGCCGCCCCCCGCGCUCUGCGCAAGGCCGGUAAAGGAGCCCCGCAGCCUGGGCGCAGCCUCUCCGCCCAAGGCUGAGGCCAGCGCUCCCCGCCGCUUCCGGCGGGCAGCGACUCGAGGAGAGGCGGCGGGGGCUGUGCAGGAGCUGGCGCGGGCGCUGGCGCACCUGCUGGAGGCCGAACGGCAGGAGCGGGCGCGGGCUGAGGCGCAAGAGGCUGAGGAUCAGCAAGCGCGCGCCCUGGCGCAGCUGCUGCGCGUCUGGGGCGCACCCCGCACCAACGACCCGGCGCUGGGCCUGGAGGACGACCCCGACGCGCCAGCCGCGCAGCUCGCCCGAGCCCUGCUCCGCGCCCGCCUGGACCCCGCUGCCCUCGCAGCCCAGCUUGUUCCCGCCCCGGCACUCAGACCCCGGCCCCCAGUCUACGACGACGGCCCCACGGGCCCAGAUGCCGAGGACGCCGGCGACGAGACGCCGGACCUGGAUCCGGAGCUGCUGAGGUAUUUGUUGGGGCGGAUCCUCGCGGGAAGCGCAGACCCCGAAGCUGUGGCUGCCCCGCGUCGCCUCCGCCGAGCCGCUGACCAGGACCUGGGCCCUGAGGUCCCCCCUGAGGGCGUGCUGGGGGCCCUGCUGCGCGUAAAGCGUCUGGAGACCCCCGCUCCCCAGGCCCCAGCGCGCCGCCUCCUGCCCUGAGCACCGCCUGGAUCCUGCGCGUACUCCGGCGGCCCAGGACCGCCCCGCCCCUGACACCCCGACAGCCACUGUUGCUGCCCUGGAACCCCAAGAUCCCCACCCCUGACCCCACAAUAAAUAUGAUCUGAAGCAACUA